AUGGCGGCCCAUGGGCCCUCCGUGCCGGGAGCAUCCCGCCGGCGGAGUGGAAAGCCCGGCGGAGAGGAGAGGCGCUGCCGCUCUCCCGGAGCCAGGGCGACCGCCAAGGCCCGCCCCCACCCGAAGCCCGAGCCCGAAACCGAGACUGAGACUGAGCCCGAGCUGGAGCUGAACGUGGACAGCGAUGAGGAGCGGAGCGGCCCCCGCCCGCUCUGGGAGCCCGGGCAGCGCUCGGCGGCGGCCGCGCUGCUGGAGCGGUGCCUGGCGGCGGGCGCCGUGACCCAGGAGACAUUGGAUUUAACUCGCAGAGAAACGCCGUGCUUUGUGAAAUUCUCAGAGAUGGAAAAAAUGGCAAACAUGCAAGCUGAAAUCAAUGAGAUAAAACUGAAAACCGAAAUGAUGCAGUUGGAGAAGGAGACAGCAGACAUUACUCACCUUUUUUACUUAGGGAAAAAAUAUGAGAUUCUGCAAGAUAUGAACAGUCACUUGGAAGCUGUACUGAAAGAGAAGAGGGCUCUCAGAAAGAAGUUGAUAACACCCAGAUGUCAAGAGAGCCUGCCUAUUGAUGCUACUUUCCACAAGUGUAUAGUAGAGUUGUUGACUGAGGCUGUGACUUUCACUGAGAAGCUUGAAAGCCAUUUGCAGUCUGUAAGAAGCAUCCCUCAGGUACCGAAUAUGGUGAAGAAUAUGGACACCGCUUUGACAAAAACAGAGGUGUUCGUGAUGGAAUUGGAGGAGCUGACAAAGCAAAUACUGAAAUGGAGACAACUGCAAAAAGAAGUGUAUUCUGACAGCUUACACAAUCGUGUUGAAUUGGACUUUGGCUUGUAUUUAACCUAACAAAUCAUUUUCCUCAAAUAGGUUGGCUAUUCAAAGAACUACCUUCUUAUGGUCUUCUGUGAAAACUGCAACACAGUUGUGUUGUAAUCCAGCAGAGACUUUGUAGAUAGUCGUAUUUCUGUUAUUAAGUAACAGUUCUCCAACUAUUAACAGAAAAAAAAAGGACAGUGAGCAGUAGCUCACAGGAACACAGGCUAUUGAGAAGGAAUUGCUUUUUUGGAAUAGGUGGAUAGGAUUCCCUUGGAGGCUGUAUUUUCAGUGGAAAUUUGUUUUGAUAAUUUCUUAUGCAUUUCGUCUAGUGUCUUUAUUAAUUUUUGUAAGAAUCUUGAUAAAACGUAUUUUGUAUGCCACUUUAAACUUUAAUAAAAGCACUAGGUUUCAAGAA